CGACAGGUGACCCAAGCCCCCAGCAGGAAUGAGGCUCCCUCUGCACCACCCUGCGCUCCUGGCUGUCCUGUUCUCACUGCAGGCUGCAGCAUCUGUCAUAGGUGGGACCACCAGAGCUGCCGCCAUCUCUGAUGCUGUGAGCCAGGCCAAGGACCAAGUCAACAAAGCCUUCCUGGACUCCCGAAUCAGGCUGAGGGCCACCAUGAGCUCCGGGACGCCCACCACACCACGGCUCUCAGAGUACCUCAAGCAUGCCAAGGGCAGAACACGCACCGCCAUCCGCAGUGGGCAGGUGUGGGAGGAGUCCUUCAAGAGACUGAGACGGGCCACACCCUCAACCAACAUCACAGGCCCAGCCCUGGCUUCACUCUCCUGGGAGGUGGGCUGUGAGGGCCCUGCGCCUGUCCUGAAAUGCGACUUUGACAGCCCUUACCGCACCAUCACCGGGCACUGUAACAACAGGAGGGAGCCCGCCCUGGGUGCUGCCAACAGGGCGCUGGCACGCUGGCUGCCGGCCGAGUACGAGGACGGGCUCUCCUUGCCCUUCGGCUGGACUCCGGGGAUGACGCGCAACGGCUUCCCUCUGCCGCUGGCCCGCGAGGUAUCCAAUGAGAUCGCAGGCUAUCUGAAUGAGGAAGGUGCUCUGGACCCAGACAGGUCCCUGCUCUUCAUGCAGUGGGGUCAAAUUGUGGACCACGACCUGGACUUUGCCCCCGACACCGAGCUGGGCAGCAGCGAGCACUCCAAGGCCCAGUGUGAGGAGUACUGUGUCCAGAGUGGCAACUGCUUCCCCAUCACGUUCCCACCCAAUGACUCCAAGCUGAAGACUCAAGGAAAAUGCAUGCCUUUCUUCCGGGCCGGGUUCGUCUGCCCCACUCCACCCUUCCAGUCCCUGGCCAGAGAGCAGAUCAACGCUCUGACCUCCUUCCUGGAUGCCAGCCUUGUGUAUGGUUCCGAACCUGACCUGGCUAGUCGCCUGCGCAACCUCAGCAGCCCCCUGGGCCUGCUGGCCGUCAACCAGGAGGUCACUGACCUCGGGCUGCCCUACUUGCCCUUCGACAGCAAGAAGCCAAGCCCCUGCGAGUUCAUCAACAGCACGGCCCGUGUGCCCUGCUUUGUGGCAGGAGACUCUCGGGCCUCAGAGCAGACCCUGCUGGCCACUUCCCAGACUCUGUUUCUCCGUGAGCACAACCGGCUGGCAGGAGAACUGAGGGCACUCAACCCUCAUUGGGAUGGAGAGAAGCUCUACCAGGAGGCCCGUAAAAUCCUGGGUGCCUUCAUUCAGAUCAUCACCUUUAGGGACUACCUGCCCACCGUGCUAGGAGCCGAGAUGCAGACAUGGAUUCCCCCAUAUCGAGGCUACAAUACAUCGGUGGAUCCCCGAAUUUCCAAUGUCUUUACCUUUGCCUUCCGCUUUGGCCACUUGGAGGUCCCUUCUACCGUGUCCCGCUUGGAUGAGAACUACCAGCCAUGGGGUUCAGAGCCAGAACUCCCCCUGCACACCCUCUUCUUCAACACCUGGAGGAUAGUCCAAGAUGGGGGGCUGGAUCCUUUUGUGCGGGGUCUGCUGGCCAGCAAGGCCAAGUUGAUGGAUCAGAAUAAAAUGAUGACAGGAGAGCUGCGCAACAAGCUUUUUCAGCCAACACACAGGAUCCACGGCUUCGAUCUGGCUGCCAUCAACAUCCAGCGGGGCCGGGACCACGGGCAGCCUGGGUACAACUCAUGGCGAGGCUUUUGUGGCCUCUCACAGCCCCGGACCCUGGAGGAGCUGACUGCUGUACUCAAGAACCCAGAACUGGCUAAGAAGUUACUGGAUCUCUACGGGACCCCAGACAACAUUGACAUCUGGGUGGGAGCCAUUGCUGAGCCCCUGGUGGAAAGGGGGAGGGGCGGGCCUCUCUUGGCCUGCCUCCUGGGCAAGCAGUUCCAGCAAAUCCGCGACGGAGACAGGUUCUGGUGGGAAAACCCUGGGGUCUUCACAGAGAAGCAGCGGGAUGCCCUACGGAAAGUGUCCUUCUCACGUCUCGUCUGUGACAACACCCACAUCACUAAGGUCCCCCUGCAUCCAUUCCAAGCCAACAGCUACCCUCAAGGCUUUGUGAAUUGUUCAGCCAUUGAUAAGCUGGACCUCACACCCUGGGCCUCCAGGGAGGAGUAGGGCCUGGGACCCAUAGUUGCCCAUACUGCUCAGUAAAGCUCCCCCUGGUCCAUGACACCUCCCAUUCCUCAACGCUCCCCAGGGACACUCCAGUCCCAGCCCUGGUUGUCAGCCAGGCUUCUGUGCACUCACCAGCCAGGAGCUGGCCCUAGCCCAGGGGACAGACCCCUGCAGCUCUACCACCCGACCCUUCCACCUCUACGGAAACCCUGUUUUCUAUCAAGCUUAGUGCCUGUGAGACACCCUUCUGGUCUGGGCUGUCAGCUCCCUGAGCCGACAAGGUGAUCAGUGCACUAAGUAAACAGCUGAGGAUGGA